AUGUCUGAAGCUACUUCCCCGCCUCUCAUAUUUCCAAAGCUACCAGUUGAGCUUGUAUCUUUGAUCAUAUCCUGGGCACAGUGUUCUUGGCACCAUGAGCACUUCUCAGCACAAGCACCGUAUGCCGACGUGAAGCGUUACCUGGUUCAGGCAUCGCAAACUUCGUCUGCACCAUCUGAGAUCCUUCCAUGCUGCAACGGCACCCGCUGGGACUUCGGCCGGCCGAGCUGCAUCAUGUCGGGCCUACCUGUCGAAUUGCCCUCUCCUGCCUAUAGAGCAGCUCAAGUAUCCCGACGCCUGCGCGCUAUACUUCUCGACGAAAACACCGCCAUCUGGGAGCUCGAUAAUGUCUUGUAUAAGCCGAUCGCGGAGCGGUCCAUGCGCAAGGUCAUUUCAGACGGGCGAGUGACUAUGAUCGGGCCUGGAGCUCGCAACCUGAUUGCAUUGGAUGUGUGCACUUGCUUGCUUGGCGGCCUCUCCACCUUUUUCGCCAGUCUCGAGCGCGUCAAACUCAGGCUUCCGUGGUCUAGCGGUCACCCCUGGGAAUCGGAGCUACGAGACUUCCUUUACGAGAACCGGGGUCGCGCGGGCAGCGCUCUACGCUACAUUGAUGUAGAGGCGCUCGAAUCCCCGCUUCGCGCCCCUGGACCGCGGCGUAUGUAUGCUAUAGAAAGCAUCGACCUUCUCACAAGCCGCUUUUCUUGCCUACCGCUUUACUACGUCUCGAAGGCUCUAACUUCCCUGUAUCUCCACCAAAACCCAGCCACUGUCGUUGAGUUUGACGUGUUGUCAAUAUCAACGACUUUCGGCUCUUGCGCCGGCACCCUUCAGCACCUGACCAUCGACAUCGCGAAAGGUUUCCAGGUCGACGGGGGCGAUAUCGAAGGAGUCUAUGACUUCCCAAAUCUCCGCUACUUCCGACUGUGCACGUCUCCCAUAUCUGCAGCCACAGUACUGGCCGCGAUGAUCUUGCCUUACGCCAUCGAUCUGCAUAUCGAGCCGGUGGAGUCUUGGAGACGGUACUGGAGAGGGUAUAAACACCGGCAUCUCCCAUACUCCUACGAAGCGCCCUUUGCGAAGCACUACACCGACAAUAGGGAAGCCUUACAGGGCUGGAAUCCUGACGACUUCGCCCAAAGCAUCGCCCAACCCGAGCGUACUUUCAUAAUCCACGCUAACCCAGUACCCACGGACCUCUCACUGGGCCUUCCCAGUCCAGGAGAAGCGAUUUGGCAACGUUCAUCAAGGGUCAUGGGACUCGACGUGCGCAUCGAUCCCUGUACGAAGCCUUCCGAGCGUGCCGCUAUGCGGUUCCCAGAGCUCGUCAGCGUAACCUUCGCCGAGUCUGUUGACGAGUUGAGGCCGGUCUUACAGGACCCCGUCGCACGGGAUUGGCAACGGAGCCAGGCGCUAGAUGAAAAGACCGCUGCGCGACGGUCGCUGACCUUCAGAGAUGGGCAAUAUCGUCGGGAGGACCGUGAGCAAGACUGGAAUCCUAACUUCCCUAAGGCGUUGUACGACACCCUGCGACAUGUUCUCCGCUUUGUCCCUGGCGAAAGGGUACCUGGCUGCGAGGGUCGAGUUCAAGAGCUCGUCUUCGCCAAGGACACCUGGCUGCCCGAUCGCUCUCUGGGAUACGAGCAUAUCCUAGAAAGAUUCACAGGCCUAAAGGCGCUACAUUUUGACAGCCCUCCACUUUCGAGCGGCACGCUAUACACUCAAAACAUGGAGGGCUGCCUGACUGCAGGGCAUAUCGACGCUCUGACCGUGUACCUAAAUAACCGCGGGGCAGACGGUGCCUAUCCCUGUCUGUGCCUGGAGACAGUUCAUUUUCAAAGCGGACUUGCAGAGUUACAGAGCCAGAUGUUACCUUCCAGCAGUUGGGAGUCUAUCAUGAAUUCACCCUGCCGACUGGCGGCCGGUGCUCUUCAGAUUCGUGUUGUUGAGGCCCAGGGUUGA